CCUCUACCGUGUCAUCCGCAUAGAAAAUGUUUCUCUCAUUCUUUUUUUAAAAACACAGCACAGGUGAAUUAUUGAUGUUUGACAUGUGCCUGUGUGCAGUGACUUAAUGAGGUAAUAAGCGUAAUUAGAGUUAGCAUGUUUAGAUCCAGGUUAGUCGUCGAGAAAUUAUUCUGGGGCUGGUUUCUGAGGCUUCAACUUCAAGUUUAGUACAUCGAUUUUUAAUUCUAGAGUGAUUAAAAGGUGUCCAAUGUAGCCCUAGAACUAUAUUAGCAUGUGGCUAAUAUGAAAGGAUUCUGUUAAAAUGUCACAACUUCUUUACUUAAGAAACCAAUUAAACACCUUUUUUGAAGCAACAAAGCAAACGCAAAUGCGCUCUUUCCAUUAUUUAAAUCACACAUUUCAUUUCUUGUUUAUUUUGAUAAUUACGUCCACUUAUAUGACUAUAGCACUUCCAUUUAACACAACGAAUAAGCAAAUUAAUAAAGUAGAGAGCAAGAGAAGCGUUGAUUAACACGUGCUCACUGCUAAACAGUCUCAUCAAAUUUACUUUCAUUUUCUCUCAUUUUACUCUUUUGUUGACUCGUCAAGCAGCUUCUUCUCCAAUUCGCUUUUAUUGUUUUGGUAUUUUUAAUAAAAAAUUCACCGAUUCUCAAAUAAAAAUUAGGCACUGCAUUCAGUUUAUAUCUUGACUUCAGACAGAAAAAAAGCAGGAACAAGUUUAUUAACAGCUAAUCAUGCUGUUGCGUCAUCAAAGAAUACAAUUGCUUACUUUAGCAUCAAUUAUCUUGUUCUGUUAUUCACUGAGUGCAAUUUUUCAAGAAAAAGUAUUAAGAAGACCCUACGGUGAGGGAGAAGGCGAAAGAUUUACAUUUGCAUUUGCAUUUACAGCAGUUCAGUGUAUUGUUUAUGCAUGUGUGGCAAAAGCAACCAUAACUGUUCGGAAGGAGAAGAAGAAUGAGACACCGCAAAGAUUCUUUUGUAUUAUUGGAGUAUUUUAUGUUCUGGCAAAGGUUACAUCGUAUAUGUCCCUAAGAUAUGUUCCAUAUCCAACAUCAGUUGUCGGAAAAUCCGCAAAACCAAUUCCAGUUAUGCUACUCGGCGUGUUGAUAGGCAGAAAGACAUACACAAUGUACAAAUACAUCUUCGUUACUAUAGUCGUCAUUGGCGUUGGACUCUUCACGUUCAAAGAGAAAUACGAUAAGAAAGACGGAGAAGAUCCGAUUCUCGGAAUUGUGUUUAUUGGCAUAAGUCUCUUGAUGGAUGGAUUUUUGGGGGCAUUUGAAGAUCGAAUGAGAUCCGUAAAGAAACCAACACCAUUAAAUUUAAUGUUUUAUAUGAACAGCUGGAACUCUUUAUAUUUAAUUGCUUAUCUCGUUACAACAAGUGAAGGAGUUGAAUUUUUCAAAUUUUGUCAUCGACAUCCAAUUGUUAUUCGUGAUCUUAGUGUUGUUGUUUUCUUUGGUAUUUUCGGACAAUUCUGCAUAACAUCAAUGAUUGCAUACUUUGGAGCAUUACCAUUAAGCAUAACGACAACUAUUCGUAAAUUUGUGACUGUCUUGCUUUCUGUUAUGAUUUUUAAUAAUGUCUUAAGCACUCGACAAUGGAUUGCUGCAUCGAUUAUAUUUAUUGCGCUAUUUCUUGAUGGACAUUUCAGUAGAAAGGGCAAAAAGAGUAAUAAAAACGAUGAAGUUACAGAUGGCAAAGAGUGUAUUGAGAAUGGCGUUGAAGCUAUAAAGAGAGAAGAAGACAGUGAGAAGAUUGUGGAGAAGUGUGAAAAAUUAAAUGAGCAUGGAUCUUUAAAAAAGGAUCCAAAUUGUCGUAGAACAGUCAGAGUUUCUUUUGAAGGAGACAUGCUUGACAUGUUGGAUGAAAUAAAUUACGGAUUCGAAGAAAGUGAUGAUGAUUCUACAAGGAAUAAGAUUGUAGCUUCUAAAGAGAAACAGGAAGUCUCAGAAGAUAAUCAUAAUUCAAAAAGUGAAGAGAAUGACAAAGCUGCUGUGGAUGAAAAGAAAAUUUCAACAGAAAAUCUAUCAAAAAAUAGUGUUAAUGAACUUGUUCCAAAAGAUAACGAAGUUCUUAGUCAAGAAAACUCAACUCAAUGUGAUCAAACUUCAAAUGCCAUAGAAAAAUUAAAUUUAUAUCCAAAGCUUGAAAAAGAUAUGACGCAAGUAGAAAGCAUAAGUCACACCGUUACCGAAAAUAAAGAUUUAGAUCCAAUAGUGCAAAAAAGUAUUGAAAAAACAGAACAAAUACUUAAUAUAAGUUCAACUGAGAUUCUAAGUGACUCAAGUGAUGACACAAAAUUGUGAAUAUUAAAAAUUAAUAUUAAAAAUAAUUGAAAUUAUUUAUAAGCCAUAAUCGUGUUGUUAAGUAAUCGUCCAGAAGGUUUUGAAUUUAUGGAAUUUUAUUGAUAUUUAUUAUUGUGAAAAAAAGCACUUGUUGACAGUUAAUUUUUGUAAAUAAAGAUUAUAUUGCUAUGAAAUGAGAGAGAAAUUAAAUUGUGAGAGAAUUUGAGAGAAUUAGUAGCACGUGGUUGAAUUUCACCAUAGACAUGCUGUUAAUAUGGUGGAAAAAUAUUGUUUGCAUGCUGAAAUGUUUAUUAAACAAUGCUGAGUCUACAUACAA